UCAUUCUUGCUGCAGACUGCUGCUGUGGUUACGUCACCGAAAUCCUGUGGUGCUACGGUGACAGUCAGCUCGCCCUUAGUCGCCAUCAUGACAUCUUUCUCUGAGCUUUACUUCAAUGUGGAUAGCGGUUACCUGGAAGGGCUGGUUCGGGGUUUCAAGGCUGGGAUACUGAGUCAGGGAGAUUAUCUUAACCUGGUGCAGUGCGAGACACUUGAGGGAAAGCGAUUUCAAGAAUGGCUAUCUGUAAUUCUGUGCUUCAUUUUGCUGACCUUCAAUUUCUGCUGUCUUGUAUGGCAUUUCCGGUUUGAAUAUACCCCCAGCAUCAUUUGUAGCAUAUCUGUAUUUCAUACCAACAGUCUACUGUUUUCUUCUGACAUGGUUGGUGAAUUAAUACACCAAUCUCAGUCACGUUUAACAUUUCAAUUUUUUUCUCUUUUCAGGUACAGCUACAUGAUAGACAACGUAAUCUUGCUUAUCACGGGUACUCUGCAUCAACGCUCUAUCUCUGAGCUUGUACCUAAGUGCCACCCUUUAGGCAGCUUUGAACAGAUGGAAGCUGUGAACAUUGCCCAGACGCCUGCAGAGCUCUACAAUGCCAUUCUUGUUGAUACUCCUUUAGCUGCAUUUUUCCAGGACUGCAUAUCUGAACAGGAUCUUGAUGAAAUGAACAUUGAAAUAAUAAGAAACACACUUUACAAGGCAUAUCUGGAAUCUUUUUACAAGUUCUGUAAAGCAUUAGGGGGCACGUCUGCAGGUGCCAUGUGUCCAAUUCUGGAGUUUGAAGCAGAUCGGAGAGCAUUUAUUAUCACAAUUAAUUCAUUUGGUACUGAGCUUUCUAAGGAAGACCGUGCUAAACUGUUCCCUCACUGUGGCAAGCUGUAUCCUGAAGGCCUGGCGCAGUUGGCUCGUGCUGAUGACUAUGAGCAGGUUAAGACUGUGGCCGAUUAUUAUCCAGAAUACAAACUGCUGUUUGAAGGUGCCGGUAAUAACCCCGGGGAUAAAACACUUGAAGACCGGUUCUUUGAACAUGAGGUGAAGUUAAAUAAGUUGGCGUUUAUAAACCAGUUCCACUUUGGGGUAUUUUAUGCAUUUGUGAAACUGAAGGAGCAAGAGUGCAGGAACAUCGUGUGGAUCGCAGAGUGCAUUGCCCAGAGGCACCGAGCUAAGAUUGACAACUACAUACCAAUCUUCUAAAGAGACCUUACCAACACACAUUCCCGAAACUGUGGUUCCUCUGACCCCCACAGACACUGCCUUGCAGUCCAAUCCAUAGCAUGGGGAAGGGUUGACAACAAUUUCAAGAUGCAAUGAAGUUUAUUGUAGUGAUUGGCAACUGGUUUUGCUAUAUUUAUGGCAGAGUACCACUUUGGUGGUGUUAUAUAUAUCUAUACCCUUUACUUCUGUUUAGGUGUGCUUGUGCAUUGCCUAUCUGGCAGUGAAAAAGUAAAUGCAGAUUAAACCCUUCAACUCUAAAUGAAAAAUUGUAUGUGACAUGAACACUUUCUGUUUUUGUUAACCUAGUCUUUUGCCUGCCUUUACCUUGGUCAGAUAUCAGUGGAAUGAGUAUUUCUGCCCCCAAAAAACACUAGUAUAUGUGCAAAUCUUAAAAUCAAUCUCAUGUGUACAUCAAAUAAUGUAUUUGUACAGAUGCAGGUAUAAGUAUAAAAGUAAAUUUAGAUGUCCAUUUAUACAGAAACACUUAAAUGUAUUUAUGAUUUCUUUUUAAAAUGCCGGUGAUAAAUUGCUCCCACUUGUGUCAAAUAUUGAAAAAAAUAAGCCUUUUUCUUUUUUUGUCUUCUUCUGGUACAACUUUGUUCAGUUUCUCUAACUGGUACAGAUAGUUUGGCAAUAUCAUUAACUGAAAAAUAAUAUUCCAAUGAAGUUUUUGGAAUACACAGACUAAAUUGGUAUUAUCCUUUGAAGGGUAUAUUCUGUUUAUGAGUACAUUGGAUGCAUUGAAACCCGUUGAUUGUGGUUUUCUGUAUAGAUGUAAGACUUUGGCAUAUAAUAUUGUUCUUCUGUCACUGUAUCUUAAUAGAUGUUUACACUAAAAAUGUUACUCUUCGAGAAUUAUCAUCUGGACAUUUCUACAGUGCACUGAAAAAGAAAAUCAAGCCUCAUAAGUGUGGUGUGGUUCAGAGAAGUCAGUUCACUUUUUUGGAAAGAUGCUCAGUUCUUGCUCAUAUGUAUUUGUAAUAUCUUGACAGUUGUAUUUUGUGUAUGUGAACCGCAAGUGAAUGUUGUUUUGUAGACCAAAACCUAUGUUUUCUUAUAAAAAGACUCCAAAAGAGUCUGUAGAAUAAAAAUAUAGUCUCUGCUUUAUUGUGCUUGACUUCAGUUAAGAAAAAGUUUCUUUAUACAACGUGAAGGGGACACCUUAUUUCUUGUUGAAGUGAAUCAGACUUUUACCUAACAAACCAGUUUGGCUCUAAACCAUGCAGUCUGAGAAGUAGUCUGGUCUCUUUCAUCAGAGUUCAGUGUCAAGUAGUGUUCUCCAAAACCAGAUUUUGUGAGUGGCCCAGCAGUGAUACAGUUAAUUAGUGAACCACACCCUGCAGUUAGCAAAAACUACACAAUGCAGACAGCAAGGUAUGGUUACCUUAUUAACUGUUUCACUGCUGGGCCGCUCACAAAAUCUGGCCUUAGAGGGAACACUGGUGUCAAGUGACUUUUUUUCUGGACCUUACACAAAAUAAAUGCACCUAGCUUACUAUGUACUUUGCUAUAAUGUUAGGAUUCAUUUUUUAUUCUAGUUUUCUUCAAUUACUCACUUUGUUAGUAACUAAUCCCCUAGUGUUUUUAUUAGUUAAAGCUCAGAUAACACCCAAGAUGUUGCUGCUGUUCCACAGAUACAGAUAUCAUCUUCGCUCUAAAAAAAAAAAAAAACCUUUAUUGAGAUAUUUGAAAACAUUUUGCAAACUAUUUUUUCAUAAUUAGGUGAUUUCUGAGAUAUUGGUACCAUCCUAAUUGUUUAAUCCAAUAAACACAGUGAUUGCCACGUUACCCUGACAAAAAAAGUAAGUUUAUUGUGCAUAUUUGUAGCUUUUCUGCCCAAAGUAUUGACAUUAGUUUGCUUCCUGAGUACCUGACUUCAAAAGGGCAAUGAUUUAUUUUUAAUCUUUUACUCAUAUUGAGAUAUUUAUCAUAAAAUACAUAAUAAAAGGCUUUGCUACAGCAUCUUCACAGUUUUUAUUUUAGAAGGAGAUCCAAAAUAUGGUAAUCCUAUUGGGAACGCAUCAAAACUAUUUUAACUAGGCUGUGUUUGCAGGUCUUUUAAUUUACUUCUGUUUUAUUAUUAAUUAUAUUUAAUAAUUUAAAAUUUAUUUCUAUUCUCCUGACAUUGUUGAAUUGUGGACGAUAGAUCCAAAAAUAUAUAUCUAACAUAUGGAUGAAAAAUUACCACAGGGAGGUUUUUAAAUAGUACAUACAAUACAAAUUCUCUAUGGUAUUGUGUAGCAUAUUAUUGAAGUACACGUUAAAGGUGUCUCCUGUAGAUAUGGCUACUGCAUCAAAUGAUGCUUUCAGUAAUACAAAUCCAGGAUUUUACCCUGUUUACUUGAACCUGAGACAUUGCUAAUGCAGACAAGAUACAGGAAGGUGAUGUUGCUUGAUCAUAUUAAUGGUACAAAGCUGCAGGGUAUAUCAAAUUGAUUAAAAAGCUAUAUAAAGAAAUAAAUAUGGUAAGUAAUGCAUAUGUACCUAUAGCAGCUUCACUGGAAAACCUUAGCAGUUGGGAUAUUUGUAUUGUAUGUAAUAUCUCAUUAAGAUCAUUUAUUCACAUGUAAGAUAGUUUUGUUACUCAUGAAGAACUUUCUCAUUCAUAGAUGUGGAGAUAUUUACCAAAUGAUGCACUACUAGUUAGCAAGUCUUACAUUGCUUAAGGGGUAAAAAAAAAAAAAAUAUUAAUUAUGUUUUUUGGAUUUUAUGACUAAUAGUUAUUUACUGAAAAAGAGUAUUGUUCUCUUUCUCCACCAACAAUUUAUUAUGGUUUUUGUACCAACCACCCUCCUCAAACAGUGCUAUAGAACAGUUUUCAACUGCAUUGCUAAUGCUCGCUCAAAGUGUAAGUCUUAUUCCUAAAUUUAGUUUAGGUUAACCUUCUUGGUAAUUGAUGUGGGCACAUAUUCUACCUCAUUUUAAAUACUUUUCCAUAGAAUUGGGAAAUAAGGUGAUUUAUCUUCUAUAUGAUUAGUAUGGUGUGGCAAACUGGUGAGAGACAACAGCUCUUGCAUCACUGCACACCAACAGUGUGAACAUUAUCUUGCACUUAAAUGUGUUUCUGCACAAUUAGUAAUUUCAUAAUGUCUCCAUAAACUGAUCAUAUGGUACCACUCAUAACAGCUGUUGACCAUCUUAUUUAGAACUGCUAUUUAUUUUCUUUGUUUUUUUUUUACUGCUAAAUAAAACUUUUUUUUUCCAUUUAAAGGGGAGGAGAGUCCACGGCUUCAUUCAUUACUGGGAAUUAAGAACCUGGCCACAAGGAGGAGGCAAAGACACCCCAGCCAAAGGCUUAAAUACCUCUCCCCACUUCCCUCAUCCCCCACUCAUUCUUUGCCUUUCGUCACAGGAGGAUGGCAGAGAAGUGCCGAAGAUCUGAGUAGUCUUUUAUGGAGGGUAAUACUCUUUGCAUUGGGACUGGAGUUUAAAGUAGUCCUGUCAGCCUCUCAGUGAGAGCCUGGGCAAAAGUUAAGUCCAGAGAUGCAGGGAGAGUCUUUCUGCGAAACCAUCCCGACUCAUAUUAACAGCUCCACAAGCAAUCGGCGUUGAUAAGUUUCGCUGCCUGCUUUCUACACUCAAGUCCAUGUCAGGAGCGAGGCUACUAACCUGUCACACUUGAAGGGCAGCGUUCCUGUUCCACGGUGUAAAUUCUGGUAAUAUUGUUUAAUUUUUUAUUACAUAAUGAUAUCACGGAAGACAGGGUCACAGUGUGAUGCCUUUUAUCUUUAAAGAAUCAAGGGUUAAUAUUCCUGGAAAGGGGAUUAUUGAACAGGGGGGGGUUUAUACAUGAUAUUGUUUGUGUCAUUGCUGCGUUAUGUGCGGGAUGAGGCUCUGGCAAUGUAUGGAACUUUCAGGUUACUUUCAGGAGUAUUGCGCAGCCUUUUUUUGACUCGUUUUUCUCCUUAGUGCAGGGGCGGUCCUGCCAGGCAUUCCAUGGGACUGGGUGUGGCUAUCUCUCUUCCUCUGUUAAUGAGCGGCGCAGGAGACAAAACGGUUUCUGUAGUCCGGGUCAUAGGAGGUGGUGAGUGCCCCGGCCAUUGGAGGUUAUAAAGGUGUCUAUUUAUUAAGUUAAUCUAGUCCGUAAUAAAAGCGCAAGCUAUGGAGGACUCUUACGCAUUAGAGGGUUCUCCCUCUUUAACGAGGUCGCAUUCCUGUGUUUAUUGUGAGGAGGUUAAGACAUUUAAAAGUAAACGGAUGUCUAGUACUACUGAGCCGUCCACCUCUGAGGGUUCCCCGUCCCGUGAGGUGCGUUCCCUGCAUUCGUCUCCAAUUGCACAUGCAGCGCCCCAGGGUCCAACCAUUACUCCUGCGGUAGAGAUUCAUUGGUCGUCAGAUUUUGCGGAUCAACUGCAAACGGCGGUAUUGAAAGUGAUCCAUGCCUUACCACGUUCUGCUAAGCGUAGGGCGUAUCAUGGCGGCCAGGCCCAGGGGUUGUCUACGCCUAUGGAAAUUUCAGAGGCAUUAUACGAUGACGAGGCCCACUCCAUCGUAAUCUAAACCUCCAGCUGCAGAGGAGCCUGACUUUAGGUUUAGCAUAGAGAAUUUGCGCUUUUUGCUGACGCAAGUGCUUGCUACUCUGGAGGUUCCGUAACCGAAGCUUCCGGAGGAACCUGCGAUUCCUAAGCUUGAUAAGGUAUAUGAGGACAGGAUGGUGCCUCUGGCCUUCCCGGUUCCUGUUAAGAUGCCUAAUAUGAUUAAGAAUGAAUGGGAGCAAUUAGGUUCUUCCUUUUCCCCUUCUUCCCUUAAGAAACUGUUCCCCGUUUCGGACUCUCAGCUUGAGCUGUGGGGUACUGUCCCUAAGGUGUAUGGUGCUAUCUCCACGCUCGCAAUGCGGACAACUAUUCCCCUCGAUUAUAGAGCCCAUGGAUAAAAAGUUGGAAAACAUGUUAAGGAAGAUAUUUCAACACACAGGGUUUGCUUUUCAGACGGCGCUGCAACAUAUUAGUGUGAAUCCCUCCAUCGACGAGAUACAGGAUAAGAGUAAGGCGCUGAAGUUUGCUAAUUCUUUCUUCUGUGAUGCCAAUAUGCAAAUUAUUCACCUGAACACUAAGGUGUCAGGUUUUUCCGUUUUAGCUCGCAGGGCUCUGUGGCUAAAGUCUUGGUCUGUGGACAUGACCUCUAAGUCGAGCCUGUUGUCCCUGCCUUUUCAAGGAAAGAUUCUGUUCGGUCCAGGAUUGGAUUUGAUCAUAUCCACGGUUACAGGAGGCAAGGGAGCUUUCCUACCGCAAGAUAAGAAGGCUAAGCCUAAAGGAUCUACUUUUCGUCCCUUUCGUGCGGACAAGGCCCAGCGGCAGCAGCCCGCCGCAAAAGCAGACCAGUCUAAGGGAACUUAAAAGCCGGCUCAUUCUUGGAACAAGUCUAAGAAGAGCAAGAAGCCCGCCGAGACAAAAUCGGCAUGAAGGGGCGGCCCCCGACCGGUCUCCGGACCAAAUAGGGGGCAGAUUACCUCUCUUCUCAGAAGCCUGGUUGCAGGACGUUCAGGACCCUUGGGUUCUGGAAGUUGUCGUCCAGGGUUACAGCAUAGGGUUCAGAUCCCAUCCGCCCAGGGGCAGACUCCUCCUGAUAAACCUGUCUUCAAGACCAAAAAAGAGAGAGAGGCCUUUCUAGAGUGUGUGAGGGAUCUCUCCUCUCUGUUAUCGUACCAGUACCCCAAGCAGAAAGGGGUCUAGGGUACUAUUCAAAUCUUUUUCUGGUUCCAAAGGAGGAGGUCACAUUCCACCCGAUUCUGGACCUAAAGAGUUUAAACAAGUUUCUGAGUGUUCCAUCGUUCAAAAUGGAAACAAUCAGAUCUAUUCUGCCCCUAGUUCAAGAGGGCCGGUUUAUGACCACUAUAGACUUGAAGGACACUUACCUUUUAUGUGCCAAUUCAAAGGGACCACUUCAAGUUCCUAAGAUUUGCAUUUCUGGAGCAACACUUCCAGUUUGUGGCCCUCCCCUUUGGUCUGGCAACGGCCCCUAGAUUCUUCACAAAGGUUAUGGGGACGCUACUUGCAAUGGCCAGAUCCAGAGGCAUUGCUGUGGUGCCCUAUCUGGACGAUAUCUUAGUCCAGGUGCCGUCACUCAGUCUCGCAGAGGAUCAUUCAAGGGCUCUUCUUCUUUUGCUCCAAUCUCACGGUUGGAAGAUUAACUCAGGAAAGAGUUCCCUGUUUCCCAGCAACAGGGUGGAGUUCCUGGGCAUGAUAAUAUACUCUAUGUCCAUGAAAAUAUUUCUCACAGACCAUCGACGCAGGAAGAUUGCGUCCUCUUGUCUUGCCCUUCAGUCCUCCUCAAGCCCCUCGGUGGCUCAGUGUAUGGAGGUGAUCGGGCUCAUGGUUUCCAGCAUAGACGUCAUUCCAUUCGCCAGGUUCCAAUCCAGACCUCCUACAUUGUGCAUGUUGAGACAGUGGAAGGGUGAUCAUUCAGAUCUAUCACAGCAGAUAUCCAUGGAUGCUCGGACUCGGAUCUCCCUCUCUUGGUGGAUCCGUCCGGAGCAACUGUCCAUGGGGACAUCCUUCUUGAGACCGUCCUGGGAGAUUGUGACCACGGACGCGAGUCUGGCAGGAUGGGGAGUUGUUUGGGGUGCCAGGAUGGCACAAGGAAAAUGGUCCCGGGAGGAGUCUCUCUUUCCGAUGAAAUAUUCUGGAACUCCGUGCAAUCUACAAUGCUCUGAAGGUAUGGCCUCCUCUGGGGUCGUUCAGCUUCAUCAGAUUCCAGACCGACAACAUUACCUCGGUGGCUUACAUCGACCAUCAGGGGGGUACGAGGAGCUCCCUAGCCAUAAGCAAGGUGUCUCUGAUCUUGGAGUGGGAGGAGUCUAUAAACAGUAAAAAGAGAGUAGACUACACAAAUAAGUACAGUCUCAAAGUCUAGGAAAACAGCACAUAUAAGAAGGCAAUUAAUAAAAAGAAUAAACUAGACAAGUAUAUAUAGUGCAAAAAAUACUUAAGUGGUUUGCGGAUCUGUUGGGGAUGUCAUCCUCUCCGCCGUGGAGGUUACCCUGUCGCAGGGAUCUGCUGGAACAGGGUCCUUUUCAACAUCAAAAUCUUGAUUCUCUGAGGCUGAUUGCAUGGAGAUUGAACGCCUAGUCUUGGCCAAUAGAGGCUUUUUUGAAAGUGUGUUUGAUACUCUAAUUCAAGCAAGGAAGCCAGUCACUCGUCGCAUCUACCAUAAGGUGUGGAGGACUUGUCCUGGUGUGAGCAGCAUGGAUAUCCUUGGCAUAAGGUAAAGGUAUCCAGGAUUCUGUCCUUUCUCCAAGAUGGUUUGGAGAAGGGUCUUGCCACCAGUUCCUUAAACGGACAGAUUUCGGCAUUAUCAGUCUUGUUGCGUAGGAGACUCGCUGAGCUCCCUGACAUCCAAUCUUUUGUUCAGGCUCUGUCUAGAAUCAGGCCUGUCUUUAGACGGUCUGCUCCCCCAUAGAGCUUAAACUUGGUCCUUAAGGUAUUGUAGAAGGUUCCGUUUGAGCCUAUGCAUUCCAUCGACAUUAAGAUGCUGUCCUGGAAGGUUCUCUUCCUGUUUGCCAUUGCAUCGGCACGCAGAGUAUCUGAACUGGCUGCCUUGCAAUGUGAGCAUCCUUAUCUGGUUUUUCAUGCGGAUAAGGCUGUGCUUCGCACUGGUUUGGGGUUUCUUCCCAAGGUGGUGUCUAACCGUAACAUCAAUCAGGAAAUAGUUGUUCCUUCUUUGUGUCCUAACCCUUCUUCUUCUAAGGAGAGGUUACUUCAUAACUUGGAUGUGGUUUGUGCCUAAGUUCUAUCUUCAGGCUCCAAAGGAUUCCAGACAGUCUACAUCUCUUUUUGUGGUGUGUUCAGGGAAGCGCAAGGGGCAGAAAGCAUCUUCUACUUCUUUGUCCUUUUGAUUUGCUUGGCCUAUGAGACAGCGGGGCAUAAGCCUCCUCAGAGGAUCACGGCUCAUUCAUCUAGAGCUGUGGCUUCUUCUUGGGCCUUCAAGAAUGAAGCCUCUAUGGAGCAAAUUUGUAAGGCGGCUACCUGGUCCUCCUUACACACUUUUAGAAAGUUUUACAAAUAUGACUUUUUUGCUUCUGCAUAAGCUGUUUUUGGGGGAAAGGUUUUGCAGGCUGUUGUGCCAUCAGAUUAGGGUCUGCCUUUUACCCUCCCGUUUUCAUUCAGUGUGCUCUAGAGCUUGGGUAUAUGUUUCCCAACAGUAAUGAAUAAAGCUGUGGACUCUCCUCCCCUUUAGAUGGAAAACAUAAAUUAUGCUUACCUGAUUUCAUUUCCAUCAUGGGGAGGAGAGUCCACAGCUCCCGCCCGUAUCUCCGAUGGACGAACCUAAAUUUAAUUAAUCUUCUGGCACCAUUUAUACCCUGAUAUUUCUCCCUACUGUUCCUUGUUCCCUCGGCAAAAUGACUGGGAGAUGAGGAAAGUGGGGGAGGUAUUUAAGCCUUUGGCUGGGGUGUCUUUGCCGCCUCCUGGUGGCCAGGUUCUUAAUUUCCAACAGUAAUGAAUGAAGCCGUGGACUCUCCUCCCCACGAUGGAAAUGAAAUUAUCAGGUAAGCAUAAUUUGUUUUUUCUUAGAUUUUUUGUUUUUCUAGACAUUUAAUGGAGCAUUAUGUCCUAGUAUUGUGUUCUGUUCAGGAUCUUGUCUGUAAUUUUCCAGCAGUUCAGUGUUUCAAAUGCUUGACUUUAUUGCAUUUGGUUUUGGGGUUGUUGAUUUCUAUUAUAAUUGGUUCAAAUACUAAAGUUACCGUUUUUUUUACUUUCCUGUCGGCAUAAAAAUAGAUUACAAACUUAUUAUUCAAGUUUCAGGUAAAUUAUUGUUGGCUGAGCAAAGAUAGUAAGUCUUUUUUUUAGUAAGAAAACAGUUUUCUGUUUGACUUGUGAUUAUUAUGGCUCAACUCUUCUCCAAGAGCAUCCCGUUAUUAACUAUAAACACACCACAUCUGUAUCCCUGGUUACUUUUGUCUAAUUUGACAAACUGUCUCCUCAUUGUGUCUGAUUUUAAAAAAAAACAGGAUGCAAUAUGGUAGCUUUUGUAGCUGUUAAACCUCUGAUUGACUUUCUUUCUCAGUGCAAUGCAGGAGUGCUCCUACUAUCCAUUUACAGAGUUAAAUCCUUUCAUACUUUGAGCAGAGUGAUAUUCCCUAUAUGUCAGUGUUAAUGAGUAGAUCUUUCAGUAAAAUCAUUUUUGAUGUGCAUUUGUUUUAAAAUAAAUUUUAUCAUCACUGUAUAAAUAAAUCUAUAUGGUAAUAAAAUGUUUACAGAUUUAAGAGUCUGUGAGUAGUGUGAUUGCUCAUAUUUUUGUAGAAAUUAUUUUUUAAUUAUUAUUAUAGUGAAUGUAUAAUUAUGUAUACAUAGCAUAGAGUCUGUGUAUACUGACAAGCAUGGCGUUAAUCAUCCUGCUGUUUGCUUUAGAGGACAGUGUCAUUCUACUUUUAAUUAAUAUGCCCCAUCACAGAGAAAGUAUUCAGUCAUGUUGAUUGUGAUUAUCUUUGUGUUACAGAAGCCCUUGGUAUCAUGGCAGAAAUCAUGUUAUUCUGUUUCCUUAACAUGUUCAAUCAUAGACCUGGCAUUUAAUUCUACAAAAAUUAUAUUAUACUAUGGGGUAUAUUCCAUCCUGCUUUUUUAAAUGUUUUUCUGCUGGUUUUCCAAUGAUUUCUGAUGACUUCGAUGAUAACUUGUCAGAUACUUUCCAUCAAAAGCGUUCACAGAUAAUAUUCCAAUCGAACAUAAUACACAUUUUCUACAAGCAAUGCUUUGAUUUUCUUUUUUGACAGUUUAUCCACUUUAAAACACAUUGUCGAUCUUUUUGCACCAAACACUUUUAUUUUACAAUUAUUUUUCUUUUUAAAAGUGUGUUUAAUAAAUAUGAUCACAUCCCAGUUUACUAAAAUGUUAAUAAACAUUUCACUUUUAAACUUCUGUGUACAUAAAUAAAUAAAAAUUAAAAAAAACA